AUGCUUGAAAGUGUGAAGAACUUACAUGCUCCAUCUAAUCAUGUCAUACUUCAUGUUUGUAUCACAAAUAUUGAAGGUAUAUCCAUUUCUUCUGACAUAUGGGUUUCAAAAUUUGGGGUUUUUAUGGGAUUUGAAGUUAUGGAGAUGCAAGGUGCCCUCAAGGUGCUCGAUGAAAUGCUAGACUGUGUAACAGAUGUUAAAAAACCUCGCUAUGUUCGUGUCAAUACUCUGAAAUUGGAUGUUGAAACUGCUGUGUCUGAAUUAAGCAAAGAUAAUAUGGUCGAGAAGGAUGACAUGAUUCCCGAUUUAUUAGUGCUUCCACUAACUACUGAUUUGCACAAUCAUCCUUUGGUCACAAACGGAAGUGUAUUUAUGCAAGGUAAGGCAAGUUCCAUGGUGGCAGUUGUCCUUGGGCCUAAACUAGGGUGGGAAACAUUGUAA